AUGAUUACCCCAGAUUUAUUACUAGAUCCUCAAUUGAAGUAUUGGGUUUUAUUACCCAUUUCUGUUGCAAUGGUAUUGGUGGGACUUCUCAGAUCUAAUAUAACAUAUUUACUCCAACCACAACCAAAAUUGGAAAACUACAAGAAUUUACGUGAGAGUCAAUUUUUACAUCGUGCUAGAUGUUUCCGUGAAAAUAAUUCCGUAUUAUCACCAGAAGAUUUUGAAAUUAGAAAGAAAUAUUUCAUUGAAAAAUUGAAUUCAACUGAAUUCCAUGCUAAAUCACCAAGUGAAAAUAAUGACAAUGAUCCACUUGCUGCAUUCAAUGACCCAAGUUCAAAUGAAGCACUAAUGCAAAUGGCAAAAGGUAAUUUAAUGAAUUAUAUCCCUCAAACAUUAAUAAUGGGUUGGGUUAAUUAUUUUUUUGCUGGAUUUGUCAUUAUGAAAUUGCCAUUCCCAUUAACUGAUGGAUUUAAAAGUAUGUUACAAAAUGGGGUCAUGACACCAGAUUUAAAUGUUCGUUAUGUUUCAGCAAUUUCUUGGUAUUUUGUGAAUUUGUUUGGAUUAAAACCGAUUUAUUCAUUAUUAAUGGGAUCAAGUGAAGCUGAAGAAUUGAUGCAACAACAAGCUCAACAAACUCAACAACAACAAAUGCCUAAUUUGAGUGGACCAGGGGCACCAAAAGCUGAAAAAGUUUUUAAAGCUGAAGCAGAAAAUAUUCAAAUCUUGUCACAAGAAUCGGUGUUUAAUGGUAUUGUAGAUAGAUUUUUAGAAAGAUAUAGUGCAUAA